CGCUGCCCAUACCGUUCUUCGCCUCCAUCCGUCAUGUCCGCCAGCGUCCUCAGGAAUGCAGCCCUCGUUAACGCCAGCCGUAGGGCAGCGUUACGCCCACAAUUGGGUGUAAACGCCGUGCGUUCACUACAUUCCACCCAACCGAAGUCUGCACAAACCCCCGAUUCUGAGAUUCCCUCCUCGACGACGUCACCUUCGCAGCCUAUCACUGCGUUGGCAAAGCAGGGAUCCAACCAGUUGAGCUUGGAGACGCCAAAGAAUGGGAUGGAGUAUGUUCUGUCGACGGUGGACAAGGUGGUGAACUGGGCUCGGCAGGGAUCCAUGUGGCCAAUGACUUUCGGUCUGGCUUGCUGUGCUGUGGAGAUGAUGCAUAUGGCUACGUCCCGGUACGACCAGGAUCGACUGGGUGUUGUGUUCCGUGCAAGUCCCCGGCAGUCUGAUAUCAUGAUUGUCGCUGGAACGCUCACCAACAAAAUGGCCCCGGCCUUGCGGAAGGUGUACGACCAGAUGCCUGAGCCUCGCUGGGUCAUCUCCAUGGGUUCAUGUGCUAAUGGAGGUGGAUACUAUCACUACUCGUACUCUGUUGUCCGGGGCUGCGAUCGUAUUGUCCCUGUUGACAUCUACGUCCCCGGGUGCCCACCCACAGCUGAGGCACUGCUGUAUGGCAUGCUCCAGCUACAGCGAAAGAUGAGGCGAAACCGGAAGAGUGUGCUCUGGUACCGCAAGUAGAAUAGCUGCAGUAUGGACGGAACGCAUAGUCUAUAUUUCAACCGUGUGCAUAAUCUUGGCGUAAGCCACGAUAAACCUUUUUCCUCGACCUCCACGACGACGAUUCAUCCACUCUUUCUCCAUUCGCCAUGACCGGGCAGGAGGGCAGUACAGUCACCCUGGAUGAUGGGCGGUAUCCAGGUCUCCUCCACCUCUCAGAGCAAGCUUUCUGCACCUUUCGCGUAGACUGCCAUAUGUACUAGCGUACGAAGCGCGC